AUGGCACGGUACAGUCAAAAGAACCAUACGAUAGCCGUUCCUUAUGUGGAUCCAUUCGAAGCGUUGGGCAUUCACAUUCCCAUAUGUUCGAGUGAUGUUCCGCAUGAAGACAACCCUAAUCUAUGUUAUUGUAACCGACCACGUACCUUUCAUUCGGAGAAUCCUCGCACGAAUCAAAAAGACUGGAAUAUUGAUAUUCAUACAAAGUCGAGUGUGAGGAACGAAAAUGGAAUAUUAAAGUGGGGAGCAAAAUUUGUCCGAUGCGAUAUACGUACAAAUCCAUCGGACUUGAUAAAAAUUCUCCGUAUUUGGGAUAUCAAGGAGCCAGAUGCUUGGCUAAUAACAAGUGGUUUCAAUGUCGGUAUUGUGCAACUCGUAGGUAGAGCUAUUCGUAAAAUUCCAGCAGUAACAAUUGUUGUUGAAGGAGGGAUUGAUACAAUAACAAACAUGUACUACGAUCUAAAAAACGAUAUUCCAGUUGUAAUCAUUGAUGGUAGUGGGCGAGCUGCUAAUUUUUUCUCACGAUGGAUAUCACAUACAGAAGGCAUCAUUAGUAAAGCAAAAGCGGAUGAAUGGAAAAUAAUAGUAGAUAUUGAUGAGAUAGAUGUAUAUGGAAAAGGAGUGGAAAAAACAAACGGUACAACAACUCUUCUACUAGAUCUCAGUCAACAAAGAUUGAAAGCAUUAUUCAAAAACCAUCAAACACAAAUUGAAGAAAAUCUUCGUGAAAUAUUACAUCGUGAAGCUGAAGAUGCAGAUGUCUCAUUGAAAAAAAAUUUUGAACAAAAAGUACAACAAGCUAUUUUACGAGUAAUGUAUUGUCUUCAACCAGCAAUUCGAAACAGAAUCACAAUAUUCAAUCUUAAUGACAAUAGCGAUUUAUCAGACACCAUAUUUAGAAGUAUUUUUGAAUCUCGUCAACGACUACUGGAGAAGCUAGAAACUCAGCAGUUAAAAAAACAACAGAAACAAUUGGGAAAACAUCAGAACCUAAAUGAAUCGGAACGAAAUCGAGAUCUAUCCAAAACAAAGGCCAAGAAUAAAUCGGAGCAAGAUGUACAGAAACAACAAUUAUUAGCAUUGGCUCUCGAUUGGAAUUGUAUCGAGGUAGCCAAAGAAUUGAUUAUUCAACAAUCUCUAAGCAACAUACCCGAUAAAAAAUUUAUUCUGUUGAAAGCAUUAACAGCAAAUUUAUUCAACUUUGUACAUUUUUUUAUAAAAAUUGAAAUGCGAAUAGAUGAAGUGUUGUAUCCAAACUUUUAUAAAAAAGAUGGCAUUAUUUAUGAUACAUUGAUUGAGAAACUCUACACAACGGAAAUAAUAAAUGGGAAUAAUUGUUUGCUUUCAAAUAUAUUGAUACAAGAAGAUUUGACCAAGCAGAAAGUGCUAAAAUCUCCUGAAGAGUUAAAUCGAGUUUUAGAAAUAUUAGUUGGUGAUUACAUGAAACCGUUGUAUUAUGAAACGUAUGACGAAGAAAAACGUGAACGUCGUCCAUAUCUGAGUAAAAAGAAGAAUUUGGUAGAAAUUGAAGGACAAACAACUACCUCGUCAACUAAAAAUGAAAGUGAACGUAAACUUGUUCAAGAUUAUGUAUUUCGUGACUUAUUUCUAUGGGCGAUUUUAGUAAACUACAUCGAUAUGGCAAAAAUAUUACUCUCACACAUGAAGUACCGAAUAUGUUCAGCUCUACUAGCAACAAAAAUAUUAAAAGCGUAUCGUGACCGUAUUGCCACACACCGCGACGUAAAAGAAAAAUUAACCGAGCAAAUCGAUUAUUUUGAAACAUUUGCUAUUGAUUGCCUAGAAUUAUGUCACAUAAAUAAGCCGGGGACAUCAUGUGAAAUUAUCGUACAACAAAUUGCACUUUUCGGCGAUGUCACAUGUCUUCAAGUUGCCGUCGCAGCUGACAGCAAACGAUUUGUUGGUCAACCGUGUUGUGGUCAUACAAUGGCAAAUAUCUGGUAUGACAAAUUGCAGCCUGAUCAGUCAAAGAAACGAAAUAAAGUACAGCUAUUAGUUGGUUUUCUCACAUUUGGCUUAUUAGCACCAUUCAUUGUUCAAUAUAGAAAGAAUAAAUUAAAAGAUGAAAAUGUCGAACAAAAAAUUGUUUUAGCAUACGAUCUGGAGAUAUGGUUUAUUCGAGCUUUGGGGUUUAUAAAUGUUGUCCCCUUUCUUGGUCCACAUUUGGUUGCUAUUGGAAAAAUGCUACGUGAUUUACUCUUCUUUAUGGUUUUGAUAAUUCUCAUUAUGACUGCAUAUGGUGUGACAUCUCGAUCAAUGUCAUACUACGGAACAUUUGAAAUGAUAUCUGAAACGGAAGCAGUAGAACAAUACUGGUAUGAGUUUGAAGGUGCUUCAACGUACGAAUAUGCACAUAAUAAAGCCGAUGCUACUAUUAAUCAGUCGGCUAGAAAAGGGGUUAUUAAUCAAGAAAGUAGUCAAGAAAAAAAUACAACAGAUAAGACUGGGAAAGAGACGCAAGGUCAAUUGAAUGAUGAAAUACGAGAAUUACGAGAAGACAUGACAGAAGUAACCGAAGCACUUAAUGCAAUAAAAGCCACACUUAAUGACGUACGUAUCGUAUUGUAA